AUGGAGCUGUUGACCCCUUUGGAUAUGACCAUGCAACCAAUUCCUCAUCCACUGAACAGUCGACCCAUCAAAUCCAUAGGUGGGUUUGAACUUCAUAGAUAUGAAAUGGGCUGCUCUUGGGUCCUCGAUGCCUCAACACUCAGCGUUGGUACUCGAGUCAGAUGGUUUGCCAUAUGUUUUGUUGCUGGCAUUGUGUGUUCUAUUCUUGGAACAGCAUUGCUAUGGCUCCCAAAGGGAAUCAAACUUUUUGCAGUGUUUUACACCCUGGGAAAUAUUGCUGCAUUAGCCAGUACGUGUUUCCUGAUGGGGCCAAUGAAGCAACUGAAAGCAAUGUUUGAGCCAAAAAGAUUAGUAGCUACAGUUGUGAUGUUGCUUUUCCUAGUAUUGACUCUGUGUGCUGUAUUCUGGUGGAACAAAAAAGGUUUGGCGAUGUUAUUCUGCAUAUUGCAGUUCUUGGCAAUGACCUGGUAUAGUCUGUCAUAUAUUCCUUUUGCAAGGGAUGCUGUGAUUAAAUGCUUCUCGUCCUGUCUAGGGUAAAUUAAAACCAGGAACCACUGUAUGCUUUAAGCUAACUUUUAUUCCUCUGUGAAUUUUGCUCGGAAAACCAUACUUUUCCACUCUUGAAAUACCCAGUAACAAUUUAGUAUUUUCCUUGCCUUUUGCAUUUGGGGGAUUGAAUAAUUUUUACUAGAAACAGUUUUAAAAAUAAAUUGGGUGAACUGUUUGUGUUUACCCUGGAACUUUUAGGCUUUUUUUUUUUUUUAACAAAAAAGUACAUUUAAAUACCUUGGGCAGAGUAGUCUUAAAACUACCUUGCAUCCAGUCACACAGUUUAUUCCCCAGUGGAGGCAGGCCACUAAGAUCUGGGUAGUAUGCAUAAAGAUUUCAUUUCCAGUUAUGUCUAAAAUUUGCAAUGUGCCAUUUAUGUUUGUAUAUUAUUCAUUGUGUGCUUUUCCAAAGACAGAGUUUUAUAAACACUGUAAAGAUUUGGUAAGUUAUAUGCUCCUUCGAAAUGUCUAUACAUGUGCCUUAUGGAAGAAGCUUAAUGAGAAUAUGUGAAAGGUCUGUUUAAAGCCUGUUGGAUUUUAUUAAAAAGCUAUAUUUUAAAUGACUUUUUUACUUUCAUACUUAAAUACUUUUUACUAAAAGAACUUAUGACUAAUGUAUAAAUGAGAUUUGUGAAAUAAAUUAGUUUUAAAGGUG